UUCAUGUUUGUGGUAUUAAACUGACAGAUGUAAUUUCCUGGAAGUUGGAGGGGGAGGAGCCGCCGUGCAGAACAGCGAGAAAUGAAACUGAAAGUGUCGGACUCCAUUUUGGAGCCUGCAGAGCAGAAGGAGCGACAAAAGACUGAGAGAAGAUGAAGAAUUUGGAGGAAGAGGAGGACGGAACAACGCCUCUGAGGAGCGCCCCCCACAAACAUCCUCCCCCAGCACUCAGGAAUGAACUCGGAGCCCUGGAUUUAAACAGUGAGCAGCACAGACACAGAGCAGAGCCUCCAGUCUCCAGCUGUCUGUCCAUGAAGAGCGACUUCUCCAGAGACGACCCUCCAUACUUCAGCAAUGACCCCGGACCCUCAAACAAAAAACACAGAGCAGAGCCUCCAGUCUCCAGCUGUCUGUCCAUGAAGAGCGACUUCUCCAGAGACGACCCUCCAUACUUCAGCAAUGACCCCGGACCCUCAGACACAAAACACAGAGCAGAGCCUCCAGUCUCCAGCUGUCUGUCCAUGAAGAGCGACUUCUCCAGAGACGACCCUCCAUACUUCAGCAAUGACCCCAGACCCUCAGACACAAAACAGCACGUCACCUCAUAUGAGGACCAGUCUGCUUCGUCAGAGGCCUCCCACUGUCACCAGUAUGGACAAAGCUCAGGAAUCAAAGCUGGAGUCCAGACAGCCAAUCAGAGCAGCUAUGAACCAAUGGAUGCUGGUCUGCAGAAGGUUUUAGAUGAACAUAAGAUCAGUCUGAGGAAGAAAUGCAAACAUGUGACUGAAGGAAGUGAUGAAAGAGAAAGUAAAAUCCUCCUCAACAGCAUCUACACUGAGCUCUACAUCACAGAGGGACAGCCUGAAGAUGUUAAUACACAGCAUGAGGUGAGGCAGCUGGAGACACCUUCCAAGAUCACUCUCCAGGACACUCCAAUCAAGUGCCAUGAUAUCUUUAAAGCCUUACCUGACCAACCGACACACAUCAGAGUGGUUCUGACCACGGGCAUCGCUGGCGUUGGAAAAACCUUCUCAGUGCAGAAGUUCAGUCUGGACUGGGCAGAGAACUUGGAGAACCAAGACAUCAGUGCGGUGGUUCUGCUUUCAUUCAGGGAGCUGAACCUGAUCAGAGAUCAGCAGUACAGUCUUCUGGAGCUGCUCCAUGUUUUCCAUCCAACAUUACAGAAGGUCCCAGCAGAGAAGCUCGCUGUCUGGAAGCUUCUGUUCAUCUUUGACGGCCUGGAUGAAAGCAGACUUUCAUUGGAUUUCACCAACAGGAAGCUCGUGUCUGAUGUCACACAGAAGUCAUCAGUCAGCGAGCUGCUGACAAACCUCAUCGAGGGGGAGCUGCUUCCCUCGGCUCUCGUCUGGAUGACUUCCCGACCUGCAGCAGCCAAUCAGAUACCUCCUAUAUUUGUGGACAGGCUGACAGAAGUACGAGGCUUCACUGAUGCCCAGAAGGAGGAGUACUUCAGGAGGAGGCUGAGUGAGGAAGAGCUUUCCAGCAGAGUCAUCUCCCACAUCAAGGCCUCCAGGAGCCUCCACAUCAUGUGCAGAAUCCCAGUCUUCUGCUGGAUCACUGCUACAGUUCUGGAGCACAUGUUGACCACAGAGGAGAGAGGAGAGCUGCCCAAGACCCUGACUGACAUGUACUCACACUUCCUGUUGGUUCAGACAAAGAGGAAGAAGAACAAGUACCAUGAGGGACAUGAGACGAGUCCACAGGAGCUGACGGAGGCUGACAGGGAAAUUCUUCUGAAGCUGGGGAGGCUGGCGUUUGAACAUCUGGAGAAAGGAAACAUCAUGUUCUACCAAGAAGACCUGGAGCAGUGUGGUCUGGAUGCCGCUGACGCCUUGGUGUACUCUGGAGUUUGUACAGAGAUCUUCAGAAGAGAGUGUGUGAUCUUCCAGAAACCAGUCUACUGCUUUGUUCAUCUGAGCAUUCAGGAGUUUCUGGCUGCAGUCUACAUGUUCCACUGUUUCACCAGCAGGAAGAUGGAGGUGCUGAAGCAAUUCCAGGGGACAAACAGUGACACAUCUCUGGCUGUUUUUCUGAGCAAAGUCAUGGAUAAGUCCCUCAAAAGUAAAAAUGGCCACCUGGAUCUGUUUGUCCGCUUCCUUCAUGGCCUCACUCUGGAGUCCAACCAGAGACUCUUAGGAGGUCUGCUGGGUCAGGCAGAGAACAGCCCGGAAAUCAUCCAGAGAGUCAUCAACAACCUGAAGGAGAAGAAAGCAAAAACUGCCCCUGACAGAAGCAUCAACAUCUUCCACUGCCUGAUGGAAAUGAAUGAACUCUCAGUCUAUCAGGAGAUCCAAGAGUUCCUGAAGUCAGAGAACAGAUCAAAGAAAGAGCUCUCUGAGAUCCACUGCUCAGGUCUGGCCUACAUGCUGCAGAUGUCGGAGGAGGUUCUGGAGGAACUGGACUUGAAGAAGUACAACACAUCGUUGGAGGGUCGAUUGAGACUGAUCCCAGCUGUGAGGAACUUCAGAAAGGCUCGACUUCCCGGCUGUGAACUCUCAGAUACUCACUGUGAAGUUCUGGCCUCAGCUCUGAAGUCCAGAUCCUCCAAUCUUACCCAUCUGGACCUGAGUGAAAACAACCUGAGGGAUUCAGGGAUGAAGCUGCUGGCGGGUGGACUCAAAAGUCCCAACUGUAGACUGGAGGUUCUGAGUUUGAGUUUGUGCAGGCUCUCAGAGGCCAGCUUUGCUUCUCUGGUCUCAGCUCUGAAGUCCAACCCCAUCCAUCUGAGGGAGCUGGACCUGAGUAACAACAAGCUGCAGGAUUCAGGUGUGGAGCAGCUUUGUGGUUUUCUGGAGAGUCCACUUUGCAGACUGGAGGUUCUGAGAUUGCGGUCCUGGGGCUUGUCGUCAACCGGUUGUGGUUUUCUGGCCUUGGCUCUGAUGUCUGACUCCUCCUGCCUGAGGGAGCUGGACCUUUCUGGAAACAACAAGCUGAAAGAUUUGGGAGUGCAGGAGCUGUGUGCUUUUCUGGAGAGUCCAGACUGUAGACUGGAGAGUCUAAAAUUGUGGGAGUGCAGACUGACAGGGUCCAGCUGUCGUGAUCUGCUCUCAGCUUUGAAGUUGAACCCGUCCCACCUGAGGGAGCUGGACAUAAGCUACAACAACUUGAAGGAGAAAACUGUGACGCAGCUCAUUGGUCUUCAGGCGGAUCCAAACUACAGACUGGAGACGUUCAGAUGGGAGUCACCGAUGCGCAAGUGAGCAUACAGGAGAACGUCUUUGUGUAUAGAGAUGCUCUGACUGCGGCCGUAUCACUGGGAAGAUAAAUUGAAAGAUUGAGGAGUGCAGAUGAUUUUCAGUACUGCAGAGUGACUGCUUCACUUUCAGAAACAUCAUCCAGUUUCCUUUAAGCUCUGUGUGUGCCUGCUGGAUCUGACUGAGCAUCAUCCCUGAAUCUGAACUGCCUCGGCCUUCCUUUAGCUCUUUUUAAAAAAAAUCCAGUCCAGGAACGAGCCCGUCUUUUUUUACAUUUCUUCAGAAGAAUAUUGACUCGUUUCCUGAUCAGUUCCAGUAUUCAAAGCACAUCUAUGAGCAGCUGCAGGUCUCAGCAGACAGACGUCGGUGUAGAGCGCCAUCUUUUUGACGCAAAGAAAACUGAUAAGAGGUCAAUUUAUUCCCUCCAGGCCUGGAAAUCUCAUCCUCUUCUUCCCUUCGGCACCGUCUUUCAGGCAUCUUCACUCAGGACCUUAAAGUCUAAGGAACCUUUUUUGUUAUUGGACAGAUUUAUGUUCCCGGAUGAAGCAGUAAUGGAAAAGGUCAAAUCUAAUUCCAUGAAACUUCUAUAAAAAAGAGACAGUGACAGAAAGAAGAAGAAGAAACAUCUUUGCUGGACCUUUGUUAGUUGUAACAUGAGGUUCAACACAAAGUCCACACAAAUAUCUGCCGCUGUGUGUCAGCACCAACGCCUUUAAAGCUGCUGUUGGUGGGACUGUUCAUUUUAAUGUGUGUGUGCUAAAUGCUAACAAGGACUCCGGCUUCCUCUGUGGACCCGAUGGACUCGUUUGGACUCCGGUUUAUUUUUAUUUUGGUGAUUGUCCACACGUUUCUGGGUUGGACAGAAAAAAUGUGUUUGGAGGUAUUUUCUCAGUAUUUUGAGUUAAUAAGUUUAAAACUAACCCUAAAUUCAAGUUUGUUUUUUUUUCUUGGAUUAAUGUUAACUAAUACCCGUUCUCUCUGCUGACUGACUUAUUUGUAUGAGCCCCAGCGACAGGUUUGGUAUUUCUGUUUAAUGCCUGUUUGCUUCUUUAAAACUAAAUUAUAUAUAAAAAAAAAAGUCAUGAUUUUUAAUGCAGCCUCAGCCUGAAUCAUCCUGAUCCAGACACAAACUUUUCUAGACUACAAUUUCAGAUUAGCAGCGCUCUCAACGGGACUACAGAACAGCAGAAAGGCGAGCGUGCGCGGCCAUGUUCAAAAUCACAAAUCAUAGAAAAAUAAACACACUAUCAGUGAAGAAA